AUGUCCAUACAGAGCUUCCACCACCUGUAGCCUGUGGCCCUGUGCCUGCCACCUGGGCCCCCAGAGUCCCCAAGCCGUCAGCGACGCCACACGCUUCCUGCCAGUGAGUUUCACUGCCUCACCCCAGAGGAUGACAGUGUGUUCGAGAUGGAGCGUGAAGCCUUCACUUCCGUCUCGGGCAUUUGCCCCCUGGAUCUGGACGAGAUCUGACACUUUUUGACCUUGUGUCCGGAGCUGUCCCUGGGCUGGUCUGAGGAGGGCCGCCUGGCCGCCUUCAUCAUCGGCUCCCAUUGGGAUGAGGAGAGACCCAGUCUGGAGUCCCUGAUGCUGCACAGGCCUGAGGGCCGCACAGCCCAUCCGAGCGUGCUGGCUGUGGACCACACAUCCCGGCAGCAGGGCAAGAGCUCCAUCCUGCUGCGGUGCUACCUGCACCAUCUGGGUGGCCAGCCAGCUCUGGGCCAGGCUGUGCUCAUGUGGGAGGAUACCCUUGUGCCCUUCUACCAGAGGUUCGGCUUCCGUCCUGUGGGCCCAUGUGCUGCCACUGUGGGCCUGCUCAGCUUCACUGAGCUCCAGGGCUCCCAGCAGAGCUGUGCCUCACAGCACACAGCAGCUGCUGAACUGGCCUGGUCACCCACCCACCUCGGGGACCCACAGCUACAUGCCAGGGCUGUGGGAAAGCAGGCUGGGGCUCCUAUCUAG